CGUCUCUAAACCUCCCUACACACUCUCCCGCUCUCUCUCUCUUUCUCGUUCACAGAAGCUAUUUUAACUUUGCAAAGACGACAUAAUUUCAGUGGCCAAAUGGCUUAUUGAAGAAAGCGACCUUCAAAUUUAUAGAGGAGAGAAAUUACGAUACUGUGGCAGGCGGCAGUGGGUUUCUUUUUUUUUUCCCUUUUUUUUUCCUGAGCGAUUGGCCAUUUCUUCAAAUGAGAAAGUCUGAGAAAUGUCUUUUUCUGUGGGCGACACCAUCAGCAUCCGAGCCAUAAUGUACAGGCGAAAACAAGCCAGUCUUUGCGUCCUUCAAACAAUAUCUGGAUUGACGAGAACUCAGAGGUCUCAGAGUGCUUAAUGCCAUUAACUCCUUCACUGACAUAAACCAGUCACCGAGGAGCCUCUUUCACAUCACUCUUUCAUCUCCCUGCUGUCACCGAGAAGCUCCUUCCACUUUUUUACCCCUGCUGAUUAUGGAGAAUCUCAGUGAACUCCAAAAUCCAUUGCUGGACAAAAACAGUAAACACAUGAUCAAUGGUUACGGAGGAGAAUUCCCCAACAAUCAUUACCAGGAAAACAUUAUAAACUACUUCGCUGGAGGAGGAGGUGGAGGAGGUGAAGGUGGAGGAGGAGGAAAAGUGAGUAAUGGCAAUGCAGUGAGCGGAAGUUACAAUACCAACGGGAAGGUGAAAUCCCAGCAGUUUUUGGAUGCCACCUCGCUACAUCUGGCAGUAGAAGCCUUCUACAGACCCAAUUUCAUCCUAUACAAGGAGGACAGUGGCAGCAUUAAGGCUAAGGAAUACAGAAAUGAGUGCUGUGAGACCACCUUCACUGAGAAAAAGGCAAAGGAGGUGUCCAACACAACAGGGGCAGACACGCCCAGCACGGAAGAACCCCAGACGAAGCUGCUGGAGGACGGCGAACACAUCAAGAUCCAAACGGUUUCCUAUGAGGUGGAGGAGGAGGAGUAUGUGGAAUAUGAGACAGACUGUUCUACCGACAGCGAGAGUGAAGACAACUUCAUAGUUGUCCCUCCACGAGAUCAUCUCGGCCUGGCCAUAUUCUCCAUGCUCUGCUGUUUCUGGCCUUUGGGGAUUGCAGCAUUUUACUUCUCACAAGGGACCACUAAGGCAGUGAACAAAGGUGACUUCCCGCUGGCCAACAUCGCCUCCCGAAGGGCUUUGUUCUUAGCUGCCCUCUCCAUCACUAUAGGCACCGGUGUGUAUGUAGGGGUAGUGGUAGCGCUCAUUGCCUACCUUUCUAAACCAGGGCACAUAUAGCAGUCACACCUUCUUUCCAAACACCUCCAGGGAGCCCAGGAAGAGAACACCGUCCUCUGGGGAAUGUCACUGCGCCUGCAGACUUUGAGGAAAGUUUUUCCAGGAUGUACAAUUUUUCCCCCCCUCCACCUUCCUUUUGUUCCAGACUUCUCUCCCUGCAGGCCCUCUGUCAGCCAAGAUUUGCCACAGUGACUGGAGAGAGGUCAAGCAAGAGGGCAAGAAGAGGGAGGACUGUGGAUUGAGAGAGACUGCUGAGACAGAGGGUUUGAGUAAAGGAAGCAUUCCAUGUUGGAGCCCAGUUUGCAUUGCAAUGGCUUAAAUCCAUGUUUGCUUCAUCCUCUCCUGACGGAUUUUUAGGUUCCACAAGCCCUAAAGAAACUUUGAAGAGAGAAGCUCAUACAGUAACCUAUUGAACUUAACCAAUUAUUAACAAGCAGAGGUUUAGGAAGGUUCAGAUCAACACAGUGUAACUUAUUCACCUAAACCAAUACUAUACUGUUGUUGUUUGAGCUGCUGUUAAAAUUGGAGCUGCCCUGUGGAGUCUUGCCCUGUAUCAUCUCAGUUUGCCACCUAGGAUUGUCUUUAAUAUACUAUAAUCUGCCCCCAUCAGCUCAAAAAUGCAUUUGUCUCUGGGCUGACUGCCUCACACCGCAAGAUUUUAAAAAAAAAAGAAAAAAGAAGAAGAUGUGAGAAUAUUUACAGUUUCUUAAACCAUGACAAAGGACUUAUUUCCAGAGGGACAUAAGAACAAAAUAUAGAGCGUUCAUCAAUAAAGGAUCAAACUCUUGAAAAUCAAAAUAAUAAUAAUUAUAAUAGGGAUCACGGUUCCCUUCUCAUUAAAACAAAUGCACUGGCAUGAAUCAGAAAAAUCUCAAUGGAGCCACAGGCCUGCAUUUUUCCUCAGUAAAGCUAGCCAUCUGUCAAAUCCCUAGUACUCCUAAAAUCUGCUCAUGCAGAUAUGUUUGCCUACAUACAUACAAAUUUGCUUUAUUUUGUUUGUUUGUUUUUAAUGUUUGUCCUUUUGUGUUCUCUACUGUUUAAAAAGUGUCUUCAUUAACUCUGCUUAAACUAAUUUUCAUUUAUGGCCUUUGAAGUAAAGCACAGAUGUGAGAUGGCCAGAUAUUCAGGGCAAAUGGUGUCCAGUGUUUCUACAAGUGACACAUCUGAUAACACAGCAUGAAAUAUGAAAUGAAGCAUGAGCCAUUUAAGGAUGCCAUAUACAUCAAGUACAUAAUGUCAGUUCAAAGCAGAACUUACAUACAGUUAGGUUCUUGGUUUUUGGACAAAGACUUAAUUGUGUAAAUUCUGGUUUGUUGGAAAUCAAACGAUCAAGAUGUGCAGACUUUAAGAUUUCAUUCAAGUGGUUUAACAGAAGUAUUUAAUUAGUAUUUAAUUUCAAGAGGCUCAAAAAAUACUUAUAAUUGGACAAUGGACUAACAAGCAGUUACACAGCCAGGUGAGGCCUGGUUUUCUGCACUGUUCUGUUAUAAAUUAAGCAAAUAAAAGAUCUGGAGUAGAUUCAAAUGGUCAAAUGUGGCAUUUGGUAGUGGAACUGAGUCACUGGUGUUUAUUGAUGAUAAUGACACGACUACACUCUGCUCAGAUUCAGCUGUAGCUGUAAAACUGAUCACACUGAACUUCACAGUGGAAAUGGAAAGCAUACUGCGAAAGCAACCCAAGGCAAAACAGUUACAUAUCCUUCAAUGGUGAAGUAAUUCGUGCGUAUCUGUCUGAACCGAGCAUGUUGUUAAAUACAAACCCAAUAAUAAGCAAUUAAAUG